AUGCGCAAGACGCUUUUGCUAGCCUUUAUCCACGGCUUUAAGGGAGAUGAUGACACUUUCGGCAAAUUCCCUGAGAACCUACAGGGCGUAGCAGCCAAAGCGCUUCCUGCCGUCAAGGUUGCAACGGCUGUGUACCCCAAGUAUGAGACUAAAGGCGAUCUGAAAGAAUGUGUGGGAAAAUUUAGAGAAUGGCUGCAAAACAAGGUGAUUGACCUUGAAGUUGCAAACCAGACUGCCUCUCCCACUGUUGACCCAUCUGUUCAUGUUAUCCUAAUCGGUCACUCAAUGGGAGGAAUAGUUGCUGCAGAGACAUUGCUAUUACUAUCAAGUGAGCAGCCUAUUCCUCGGAAUCCUACCUCGAACGCCCGAGUUGCACCUCAAGCAGAGGAUCUUGCACCUGUCGUGGAACCAGGAACGUUCAUGUUUCCUCAUAUCCAGGGAGUGCUCGCCUUUGAUACCCCUUUCUUGGGGAUUGCCCCAGGAGUAGUCUCUUAUGGCGCAGAAGGACAUUAUCGCAAUGCCACAACAGCCUAUAAUACCUUGACAGAAGUUGCAGGAGUGUUUGGCUAUGGCAAGACUAACGUGUCUGGCAAAGGAGCUGCUGAAGCCACCAAGGAGCCCCUUAAAGCCUUGCCAUCCAUGGAAGAUGCUGCUGCAACGCCAUCCUGGCAGCGCUGGGGUCGAUAUGCUAUGUUCGCUGGUGCCGCCGGUGCCGUUGCAGCGGGCGGCGCCGCGGCUUUGUAUUCCCAACGACAAAAUAUCACCGCCGGCUUCACCUGGGUUUCUUCCCAUCUUGAGUUUGUCGGAUGCCUGGCACGAACAUCGGAAUUGCGGCAACGUCUUGAGGGGUUGACCAAAGUCCGAGAGGAACGGGGUAUCGAAAGCGUCAAUUUUUAUACAUGUCUUGGUCAGGGUGCGGGUAAUCUUGUAGAGGAGUCAGCGACAGGAAAGACCUCUUUCACCCAGAGGAUCAUUCGAUCGAAAAAUAGAACCUUCUGCACCAUCCCGAGCGAGGUCGAGAAUAGCGAUGAAAACACCCCACCAGCGCUCCUUGGCCUUCAAUGGAACAAGGCCAGCAACAAUCAGGCAAGCGACGAGGUCAAGGCGCACUGCAGCAUGUUUCUGCCCAAAGAGAACCCUGCAUAUUACGAUCUUGUCGGCGAGGCUUGCCAAGCGUUGGUGGCUUCGAUCGAUAAAGGCUGGUACGGCGCAUCAACCGGACCAGGGGAAGAAGAACAGGCCGCGGAAGCGAACGACUUCAUGGAUGCAGAUGACGUUGUGGUUGUGGAUUGA